AGAAUAUAGCUUAAUGGUGGCCUGUUAAGCAUACCUACCGAGGUGUCUUUCAGGCCAGGUACCUACCGCAUAAGGACCUAUCAGUCUCAGCAAAGCUCUACAAGCCUCCGGUAUGGACCUUAGGCAACGAUGUACCCGACUGUAGCUUACGUACCUUGCUUAUAUCCAACACGCGCCCGGAUGUACCUACAAGCUACAUGCAUAUCAUAUAUAUACGCAAUCCCUGCGCCCAACUCCCGGUUUGACGACUUUCGUGUUAGUGUGCCAACCACGGCCCGGCAUCGCCUCUCUCCGUCACAGUUCAAUAGGGUUUGCACGGACAUGCGCCCUCGCUCAGAGGAUGAUGGCAUACGCUUAUCUUCCCUUCCUCUUCUUCCUCUCAUUCUACGCCGGCCGUCACGGGCGGUAUGUGCACAUCGUACGGUGCGCUCGGGGCCAGGCUGCCGGGGAGGAGGUGGUGCGCGCUGCAGGUGUUGCGAGGGCGUCGCGGUAACGGGGAUGUAUGGGGGGUCGGAGCUAAAAGAUCGAGACCGUAGAGCCCUAGAAGACGCAGCAAGGAAUAUCCAAGUCAGCGAUGGAGGGAAAAGAGGGGAAGAGAAUGGCAAGCACCCGAGCCAUGCCGGUUCCAUGUUGGCAUUGGUUCGUUUGCCCGCUUGUGUACGGGUCGAACGUAUGUGUGUGCGUGUACGAAAUAUGUGUGUCGAUGAACUGCAGCCCCGGGGCUUAUCGAUGUGCCUUUCUGGCGAUGUAUAGAGGGGGGAGGGAGAGAGGUGUGUCUGACUGACGAGUGCGUCCUUCUGACGCGCCCUGUUGGUGAUAUGUACUGUCGUAGUGCCCGGAAAUGAAACCAACGUUCCCGGUACGAGAUGUUAUAAUAUAGACCUCGAUAUCAUAUCAAAUCA